ACGAGGCGCCGCUCGUGCGCACCGGAACCUGCGCACCUCACUGCUACCUGACGCUUCUUCUUCACGCACUGGAUCUAACGGGGCAAUAAUUAAAUUGUCUCCAAACUGCCAAUAAGCUGGUAAAUUCUUCUGUUCGUCUGAGAUGAAGCAGCUGGAAUGGUUUCAGAAUUUAAGCGCUCUGGUCCUGAUUGUUUUAUCAUUCUCAGCAUUUCAAGGUAUUAAAAGCCAACUAGUGGUGUCUCCAGUUGGUCCAACCCUGGUGAAUGUUUUAGCUGGCAGCAACGUGACUCUGGCUGUGUCCUUCAGUGGAGCAACUGAUCCAGUGGUUAUCUGGUUUAAUGGAUCUUUAACUGUGGGGACAUGGACUAUAAACGCCAAUUUUCCUCCAGACAUAGUGGAUGACAGCAGGGAUGUACUCAGUAUUGAAAAGGAUGGAUCCCUUACCUUUACAAAUGUGCCAAAGCACUUCAGUGGCAUUUAUACUGUUAAUAUGACAAAGUCUGGACUGGGAAAAGUAUCCAUGACCUUCAAUCUCAGGAUAUAUGAGGUGAUCCAGGUCGUGACUCUGAGCACACAGACUGAUUUUCCCCAGGAGGGAGCUGAGCGGUUCACCUUACAAUAUAGCAUGCUUCAAGGUGUUGUUGGGCAGGAGAUCUGGAGCUUUAAUGGAAGAAAACUGGAAAAUGGCUCGCACUAUUUGAUAGAGGGAGGCAGCCUUGUAAUACGUGGACCUAAUCGGAGUGACAUCGGGUCAUACUCUGUGUUACUGAUGAACCCUUUCAGCAAUGCAACGGCUCAGAAGAAUGUGACUGUUCUCUAUGGACCGGAUGAACCUAUAAUUGAGGCACUGCCAGCUCAGCCUUUCUAUGAAGUUGGGGACUCCGUGAUUAUCUCCUGCAAUGCUGAAGGCUUCCCACAGCCUGCUGCUGAGUGGGUCUUUGGGGGUCAAACUCUUUCAGAAUUUCACCAAGGAAUCCUAAAUUUAACCAAUGUGCAGACCAAUCAGGGAGGUGUUUAUACAUGCUCUGUGCUCAAUGAGUUGAGUGGAAAGAAGCGGGAGAAGAAUGUGACUAUAACUGUCUAUGAGAGGCCAUUGGGUGAUCCAACGUGCUCGGUGUUGUCUGUGAACAAUACUGAUCUGCAGUAUCAGUGCAGGUGGGCAGGGGGAACACCAAAUGCCCAGCUGACUUUUCCCCACUUAAGCACCACAAGCACUGGAGCAGGAAUCUUCAGUCUUACUGUCACUGAUGCCAGUAGCUUUGAUGAGAAAACUGUUGUUUGCAAUGCAGAGCAUCCAAUAGAACAUAAAACUUGCAGCGUUACAGCAAGUCGUCCCAUGAAUUUCCUCCCAGCUGUAAAAAACACUGUUGACCCUGAUGGACAAAUUGCAGUUACCAUCUACUGUGUCAGUGAUGCAUCCCCUCAGGCUGUGGUUUCAUGGUCUAGAGGAGGUGAGGAGGUCAUCAACGGGACCCCAUACCAGAUCAGCAGUAAUACCACACAACUGAAGAUUCGAAGUUAUAACAUCUCCACUUUCCUGCUUACACCAAAUUUCACCUGUACUUGUCGUAAUCCACUGGGCAGUCAGAAAAAGCAGAUCCAACUGCAAGGCCCGUCUAUCUCAGAUUCUAGUUUGUUCCCUAAUCAAGAUGGGUCAAUCAUCACAUUGACCUGGGAGGUCCCACCUACAUCUAUUGUUACAGGUUUUGACAUCCAAAUGAAAGGACCAGAUCUUCUGAGCAAUAAUGAGAAAAAUGCCAUGACGAAGGGCAACUCAAAUGAAUACCGCAUAAUUCAACAGAAACCUGGAUCUGCUAGGAGUGCAGACAUAUUUUUCCUUGAUCCCGACUUGACCUACAGGUUUCGAAUUAUUCCCAAAGCUCGACUAACUGAUGGAGAGCCAUCUGAGGUUCACAGGAUUGGUCCAGGUGAAGGGCUGAGUGGGCCUGCCAUUGCUGGUAUAGCAGCUGGAAUUCCAUGCAGCAUUCUGACCCUAUUCCUAAUAAUAGGCCUCAUUGUUCUAAUAUUCUACCUUCACAAGAAAAAAAGUCGUCAGACAAGAUAUCCAGUCUCCAGAGCAGUUGAGAAGGUGAAAAACAUCCAGACCAACUCUGCUCCACACAAAAUGCUGAAUGCAGGGCUUAGGUCUCCACCUGACUACAAUAGGUUGCACCAGACUCCCUCAGAGAGAUCUGGGACUCUUCCAACGUUUGUCCCACCUCCCCCAGUCAGAGUUGCAACAACAGUUUAAACUUAAAAGUACAGUAGAUGUGUAUAAAACUGACUUUAUUUUAUCAUAGUACUUAGGUCAAGUGUCUUCAUUAGACUGUUUUUUUUUAAUCCUAUUUUUUGUUAACAUUUCUAAUGAAGGGAAUCAUAAUGAACUUUUAUUAUCUAUUAAAAGAAAAUCAUUAAAAUAACUGAGUCUGUAAGUGAACAACAAUAUGUAGGAGGAACAAGUCAACAGAGAGCAGCUACCUGGGCUAGAGCUACUGACACAAGUGUCUCUGGGAAAGCUAAUAGCAAAAAAUCAGAUGCAGAAAUUUUAUUUCAAGCUGAGGAGGAUGCCAACCAGACAGUUUUACACUCAAAAGCAGGAUUUCAACAGAUGUAAACUGUGCUGUUAGAAUAAUGCAGGGACAUGUUAAACCUUAAUGGCUAAAUAUUUCAGCUGUGACUUAAAUUAACAAAUCUAGUUUUGCAAGACCAUGUCCUUGUGUUUAUACUACAACUUUAAUGGUUUUCUCAUGAGCAUAAAAUCCACAACCAUAGAUGUAUCCAGGACAAGUUCAACUUGGCUCAGCCAUAGUUACAUUUCCUAUCCAAUGAAUGUUUUGCAAAAUUGAAUCAUAUAAUCUUAAAUCUGCCAUUGGUGGAAGUAAUUAUAUUUUUAAUGAUUUUACUACUUUUAUCAUUUUAUCUUUGUCCUUUCCAUCUGGAGAAUUUGAAUGUCCUGAAAAGUGCUCACAAGUCCCUUUCGCUGCUCCUCUGUGCAGGAGUCACCACGGCAAGUCAUUAUAUCUUGCACACAGAUUUCAUUAAGGUCUGACUCCCUUCCCAGAGAACCUAGGAUUCAAAUCUUGCCCCUCAAUAUUAAAGACGUUUUUUCUCUAAAGUUGCAAUUUUACUCAAUGCGGUUGAGUACCCACUGCCUUUUUUUGUCUGUGUUUGUGCUUGAAACUUUACGCAUCCUUCAGUUAAAGAUAGAAG